UGAAAUGUGAAUAAUCUUCUCAUUCUCUCUGGAACACCGAACACCCUUUGCUUUCUGAGUCUCUCUAGGAUGUGGGGAAGUGCAGAUGGAGGAGCUCCAGAAGUCACUCUCGAGACUUCCAUGGGUUCUUUCACGGUCGAGCUUUACUACAAGCACGCACCGAGAACUUGCAGAAACUUCUUAGAACUCUCCCGCAGAGGCUACUACGACAACGUCAAAUUUCACAGAAUCAUCAAAGAUUUCAUAGUCCAAGGUGGAGAUCCCACUGGCACAGGAAGGGGAGGAGAAUCCAUUUAUGGAUCAAAGUUUGAGGAUGAGAUAAAACCAGAGCUGAAACAUACUGGAGCUGGUAUUUUAUCCAUGGCAAAUGCUGGUCCAAAUUCAAAUGGAAGCCAAUUCUUUAUUACCCUGGCCCCAGCACAAUCACUGGAUGGGAAGCACACAAUAUUUGGAAGGGUAUGUAGGGGAAUGGAAAUUAUCAAGAGACUUGGUAGCGUUCAAACAGAUAAUACAGAUAGACCCAUCCAUGAUGUGAAGAUAUUGCGUACAGCGGUGAAAGACUUGCAGUGAGUCCAGUGACAGGGGAAAUCAAUUGUUACGAGAAGGCAUGUUGUGAUUUUGAUUGAUUCACUGUUUAUUGAGAAUGUGAUUCUAAGGCAUUAGGAUUAUUACUGAAACCGAAGGAUAAAAGAAAUGUAGAAUGGGAUUACAUUGAAAAAUGAUUUUGCAAGUCAGAUCACUGUAAGCUUCGCGCGCUUGAUGCGUGCUCACCGCUACCAUCUCUGAUACUUCUCAUGCAACUUGGCGAUUAUAACUUAUGCUUUUGUAGUAACUGGUCGUAUGGGUUUGUAAUAACAGGGAUAGGAAUGACUGUAGCAUGAUAUCUGAAAAUUCACGGAAAAGAAUUUGAGUA